CCCGGAACUCCGGACUAACGGGUGUCAGCAGCCGGGAGACAAGUGUUCCCAUAACACCACCCCUCGCCUGUCCGUGACUGACAGGCAACUUCCGGCUCUGGAGGCUGGGCCAGAGCGGCCUCGGGUCAGACGGUUGGAGAAUGUCCCCGGUAGGCGCUUGCCUCAGGCUCCGAGCUGGGGCUCUGCCUUUGGCCCUGACCUUGACCCUUUCUCGCGGGGUCGGGGCUCGGGCGGCCAGCGGCGUGGGCUGUGGCAAGGGCCCCUCCUACACCCAGGGCCAGAGCCCCGAGCCCAGGACCCGCGAGUAUUUCUACUACAUUGACCAUCAAGGCCAGCUUUUCCUGGACGAUGCUAAAGUGAAGAAUUUCAUCACCUGCUUCAAAGACCGGCAGUUUCUCAUCUUCUUCUUCUCCCGCCUGAGGAAGAACCAGAGUGGUCGCUAUGAAGACACCUUUCCCUUUGUCUCACUUUGUGGCCGUGAACGAAACUUCAUUCGCUGUGAUGACCUGCCUGUGGUCUUCACACAUCUGCUGGCAGAUGGCCCAGGGCCUCCACGCCUCUCUUAUGGUGGAGCAGGUGAGGCCCUGGCUAUACCCUUUGAGCCUGCUCGACUGAUGCCCCUUCCUGCCAAUGGACGGCUUUAUCACCCAGCACCUAAACUGGCUGGUGGUGUGGGGCUAGUCCGCUCUUCUCUGGCCUUUGAGCUCAGUAGCUGCUUCCAGUAUCCACCAGGAGGAGCUACACUGCCCACCCAUAUCCUGUGGCAAGGCCAGAAAUACCCCCUGACCAUGGACCUUGCACCCCUAUUUUCUAAAUCCUGUGGGCCUUGAAGCAUUGUACCCCCUUCUCCUUCAUCCAUUGUCUGUUUUUUCUUCCUCUGCCCCAGGGAUGUGGACAUUAGGAAAAUGUCAGUCCAAGCUAUCGCAAAUAAUAACUUUCAGGAACAUGACUCCCACCUAAGGCCAGGAGAUUGCUGGUGCUGAGAAGGGCAGUGGGGGGAGACCCUUAGCAAAGAUAGGUCCUGGGGCUAAAGGCACCUUAACAAGGAUUAAGAGAGAGUGCUUCUUGUGAUGUACUUAUUGCCCUCUGGUGACUGAGGCUGGUAAAGCCCACUAAUAAACAAGAGAAAGGGGGCAGGGCAGAGUUAGAACAAGGCAAUUCUCCCAGCAGUAGGUAUUCUGGAAUGAUCUAGGGGAGUUGCGGACUAUAAGGAUAAAGACUUCCCCUGCUACACCAUGCCAGGGAGUCAAGACAAGGCCUUAAAGGAAAGUGCCUUCAUACCUGUCCUCAUGUAACCUCCCUGGGCCUAACCCACUGCUCCCUGAGGGUGGAGACAGUGAUGGUUCAGGCUCCACACUUCUGACAUUUAAAUUCAGCUUAAUUCAAGAAAUGUGGCUUCUCUGUGCUAGACCCUAUUCUGAGCACUGAAGAUAUGAACAUUAAAAAGGAUGACAGCUUUGCUGUCAUGGAGCUUACAA